CCUAUUCCCUGACAUCUCGCGAUAAUUCACCAGAGCUCCGUUCGCCAGUCAGAAGAGGCGCCUCUAGAAGGAAUAACAUCAACUUAAUUGUGCUUUUGAAUAUUUCCAGUUUAUAAAUGUUGAAGAUGGGAAGAUAAUACAGAAUUAUUUGGAUCAGCUGAACAUACCUCACUCUGACUUUGAAGUGGCUCAUGACAGAUAUCUCUUGACUAGUAUAGUAUGACCCAGUACCCAGCACAGACUAGUCGCUCAAACUUCUUCACUGCUGUGAAAGCAGAAGCCUCUUCAACACCACCCAUCUCCACCAACAUGGCCAACAGCACCGUCGUCCCCGGGAAAGUCCCGGGCACCCCUGGACCUGCAGGGAGACUGAGCCCUGAAGGCCCUCAGGUGCUUAGUAAGAAGAAACUGCAGGAUCUUGUCAGAGAAAUUGACCCUAAUGAGCAACUCGACGAAGAUGUGGAAGAGAUGCUCUUGCAGAUUGCCGAUGACUUCAUUGAGAGUGUGGUGACUGCGGCGUGCCAACUUGCCCGACACAGGAAGUCAAACACUCUUGAAGUGAAAGAUGUCCAGCUGCACCUGGAACGACAGUGGAACAUGUGGAUUCCUGGUUAUGGCUCAGAUGAGAUCCGACCUUAUAAGAAGGCUUGCACCACAGAAGCUCACAAACAGAGAAUGGCAUUGAUCCGCAAAACAACCAAAAAGUAGCAAGCACCAACAAACUUUUUUUCCUGCAAGUUUUGAAACUGGAGAGGGAUUGAACCUAUAUAUGUUAUGUUAAUCAGAGAGACAGAAUGCGUUGUACUAUUUACAGUACGGUUCUGUUGACAUUUCGCAUUCAAACGGUGUGUAGGAAGUGACGUAAAUUGUCUGUACAGUUCACUUUGUGUUAAAACCACCAUGAGAACAUUUUAUUUGGGCACUUUAGUCUCUGGCUUGGUGCUAUACUGGGGUUUAUUAUAUUAUAGAAUCUCAUAGACUCCUGUGAAAAACAUCAAUUGUUUACUGUUUCUCCCACAAACCACAUUUUCAUUCAUAUUUUGUGUAUAGCUGACCCAUCAUGGAGUCACAUGACUCUUUUGCUCAGCUGGCAUUAAUAGCUAUGCACAAUUACAAUCACCAUGUGUCUGAUUUGUUCAUAGUGUUCGGUGUUAUAGAACUCAUCACUUAAGUAAUAUUUGGUACUAUAGAGAAGAUCUUUAGUGAGUGACUUUCUAAAGGUAAGCAGUAAUUUUUACCAGAGAAAUAAAUACCACUUCCCUAUUUAAUUAAUUGCAUUGGGACUAGUGACAUAAUGCAAAUUGGUUAACUGGUUAGAGGGAGUUAAAUAUGUGUGGUAUAUAGGAAAUGGUGCAUAAACCCCUUCUGCUGUGGGUUUGUGGACAUAUUUGAACAUUUCUGUGGAGUUAAACGGAGUUAAAACAUUUUUCUUUUUUUGCCAUGUAUCACAGUGUUUUACAGUCUCUUGUUUUUCAUGAAUAAAAAAAGACUUAUUGUGAUUUAUUCUCACUGAAAU